GUGACAACGCGCCUCCACGACAUCCGUCCCAAUUGCUGCUGCUGCACGCGACGACUUUCUCAUACCAACACAACUAUCACCAUCACCCCAAUUCACCAUGGUCCACAAGGUCCUCUUCUGGAGCGGGCUCGGUGUUGCCGCGAGGCUAUGGCAGCUGGGCAUUGAGAUGCGCCCCCUCUUCAACAAGGAGUCCCUCUGGGUCUACCCCAUCUACGCCGGCGCUGGUGGCAGCUUCGGCUACUGGCUCACUGGUGUUGAGCAACGGCAAUUCCGACUCCUGGCCGACCGACGAGACGCCCUACUCGAGAAGAGACAGCGAAGGAAGGAGCGUGAGGAGGCUACCGGUACCUCCUAAGGUGCUGUCACCUGCAAUGGCAUGACGCGGGUGUGUGAGGGGUAGAUGAAGCUGGGAGCUGGCAGCGGUAUACACGUCUAGAGCGUCAUCGCAAUCAUGCCGGGACCUGAGAUAUCAUACGCUGCAUUCAGUCUUCAUGAUGGGCUAAGUUUGGCGGUGCCAUAUCCGUGGGGGCUGCAUCUGCGCUGAGAGCAGCUUUCUACCAAAUCUUGGCUGGUGACUCGAUUUGUACAUAUCCCAUUUGAAAAUCAACCACAAAUGCAAAAACAUAAUCGCUCAGCCAAU